CACUUCCGGGGUAGUAAAGGUCAGGGCCCGCAAGAUGGCGGCCCCCUUGGAGCUCAGUUGCUGGGGAGGCGGCUGGGGGCUCCCCUCGGUACACAGCGAGUCCCUGGUGGUGAUGGCUUAUGCCAAAUUUUCUGGUGCACCUUUGAAAGUCAAUGUCAUAGAUAACACCUGGAGAGGUUCAAGAGGCGAUGUACCAGUUUUGGCAACUGAAGACAACAUUGUUUCUCAGCCAGCAAAAAUACUAAAUUUUUUAAGAAAACAGAAAUAUAAUGCUGACUAUGAACUCUCAGCAAAACAAGGGGCAGAUACCUUGGCUUACAUUGCUCUCCUUGAAGAGAAGCUUCUUCCUGCAGUGCUUCACACAUUCUGGGUUGAGAGUGACAAUUACUUUACUGUGACAAAGCCAUGGUUUGCUUCACGAAUGCCUUUUCCCUUGAGUUUGAUCCUGCCUGGAAGAAUGUCUAAGGGGGCACUGAAUAGGAUUCUCCUGACCAGAGGAGAGCCUCCCCUGUACCACCUUCGAGAAGUAGAAGCACAGAUAUACAGAGAUGCCAAGGAGUGCCUAAAUCUUCUGUCAAACAGAUUGGGAACAUCUCAGUUUUUCUUUGGAGAUACGCCUUGUACCUUGGAUGCCUAUGUUUUUGGUUUUCUUGCACCUCUUUAUAAAGUACGGUUUCCUAAAGUUCAGCUACAAGAACACCUAAAACAGCUCUCCAACCUGUGUCGCUUUUGUGAUGACAUCUUAAACAGUUAUUUUAGGCUUAGUCUUGGAGCAUUUUCCUGCGUGAACAGAAAUCAGCAGCAGAUUGAUUUUGGUGAGGUACACUCCCAUGAUUCCACUUCUUGAAAACUGAUUGCAUCAGACUGGAGGUAUAGUAACUAGAGGGCACCUGUCACUUAGGUUAUGAUUCUUUGAGUAUGGGGCCUUGUGCUGAAGGGUUACUAAAUUGUUAUUGAGGUAGAUGACUGAAAUUGUCUUUUUAAGAAACAGAAGUUAUAAAGAUAGCUGGCUUAGGUGGACAGUGUAUUUUUUUUUUUUUAUGGUACGUUCUGUGUUUCUCUGUAGGGAGGGGUUAAUAGUUUGGUAGUCAUGAAAUUAAGUAAUGUUCAACCUUGUUACUUUGGGCAAUAUUUAACAAAUUUGACUACAUGGCAAAUAAAAAAUCUUGGGUCCUAUUUCAGAGUUACUAAAUUAGAUCCCAGGAGUCUGUAUUUUUCAAGUCCCUCUAAGUACUUUAGAUAUCUGGUGGGUAGCUGUUACGGAGUCAAUGCCUUAGAAAGUUAUCCAAGUAGUUGUGUCCAAUGACCUAUUUGAAAUGGGUGGGGGGAAAGACAUAGCUUAAAUUUGAGAAGGAAAUAAGGACUGCUGUGCUCUUUUACUAAUUACUGUGGCUACCUGCAUAACACUUGACUGACGCUGUCUUCUUAGUGGACAAAUUUUAGUCCUUUUGUUUAGAAUUUGGCUUUGGAGCAUUACUAUUUGUCCUAACUUUGCCUUUGAACCUGAAGAGAAUGGUUUUUUUUCUCUGCCUUUUAUUGGGAGGGUGGGGCACUUGUGAGGGUGGGUAGACUCAAAAUUCUUUCAAUAUAAACAGCUUUAAAAGCUUUCAAAAUUUUCUAUCUCUCUCUGAUUUCUGUCCU